AUGCUGCGAAUACGGCGCUAUAGAGCACUUCUAGUGGUCGCCAUCGUUGUGACCAUCAGUCUCUAUCAUAUAACCCGGAUACGCAACUGGGAUACUCAAUCUAUUGGUGUUGACAAACUCAAGAAGUUGGGCCAUCAAGUCGCCUCUACCUCCUCACCAGCGGUCCUUUCGAGCUCCUCGAUACCUCCACCCGUGGACCUUGCAGUGCCAAUACCGAAUUUGAGCACAUCCCCCCUUCGACAGUCUUCUUAUUCUCCAACGCCUGUGCAAUCAUCUACUCUACUCGACUUUUCAGAAGUGUUGGCUACUUCUACCUCUACACAAACUUCAAGACGAGCUCAGAUAACAGCACACGGUGGUGACGUGCUGGCAGGGAACGAAGCCGAGAGAAUAGCGGACGGGGAAGUCAUCUCCGAUGAGCUCAAGUCUUACGGGCAAGGAAGAUUGGAGAUUGAUCCAGGCAGUGCAGCUUUAGAGCAACCUCACUGGGUCCCACAAAAGGAGCAUUUUCCUGUACCGGCUGAGUCGAUCAUUCAACUACCCACUGGUCGACCUAAGCGGAUACCAGCUAUCCAGCAUGUGUUCGCAGCUGAGGCCUCAUCCGCCAAAAUGGACAAUCGGCAAAAGCUUGACGCCAUAAAGGAGGCCUUCAAACAUGCUUGGAGCGGGUACAAAGAAUAUGCUAUGCCACACGACGAGCUCGAACCAGUGUCGCUCGGCUUCAAAGACCCCUUCAAUGGCUGGGGAGCCACAUUGGUAGACACUUUAGAUACUUUAUGGAUCAUGGACCUGAAGGACGAAUUUGAGGAGGCUCUCAUGCAGGUGAAGAAAAUCGAUUUUACAACAUCCAUAAGGAAAGACAUCCCUUUGUUUGAAACAGUGAUUAGAUACCUUGGUGGCCUGAUUGCAGCCUAUGAUAUUUCGUCUGGCCGCUAUCCCGUGCCAUUAGAAAAGGCAGUGGAACUAGCAGAGAUCCUCAUGGGUGCAUUUGACACUCCCAACAGGAUGCCGGUCACCUACUAUCACUGGGCACCAUCUUAUGCGUCACAGCCACACCGAGCCUCAUCGAGAGUUGUGCUUGCCGAACUAGGUACAUUGUCGCUAGAAUUUACCAGGCUGGCACAGAUCACCAAGGAACACAAGUAUUACGAUGCCGCUGCAAGGAUUACAAAUGAAUUACAAACAUGGCAGAAUAAUACACAACUCCCGGGUCUAUGGCCAGUCGCGGUUGACGCCUCUGGCUGCAAGAAGGCCAAUUACUUAUCCACCCAGGUGGCACAUUCGGCUUCAAAAGGGCCUCAAAACCUUCUGCCUCCCAUUCAGAAUCCACCUGAGGCAGCUGUGCAUGAACAAGAGAAAACUUCACCCAAGCAGGACAGUGACAGCGCGACUUUGUAUCAAGAUCGCUCUAAGAGCAAACGUCAAUUAGAUGAUGCAGGAUUUUCAAUCGAUGAAGAGCCUGCCUAUCCAGCCUCCGACAAUUUUUCAGAUGGUAGCACUUCUUCCGCAGCAUCAGUGGCACUAGAGGAGAAAAAGGGCUCAACCAUGGGUGACGUCGAUUGCCAGCCUCAAGGUCUCGCUUCUCCUCCGCAUGUAGGUAUGGAAACUUUUACAUUGGGUGGCAUGUCAGAUUCUACAUACGAGUAUCUUCCCAAAGAAUGGCUGCUACUCGGCGGCCUCAACAACCAGUACGAGUCAAUGUACAAGAGUGCAAUGAACAUUGUCAGAGACAAGCUUUUAUAUCGCCCCAUGACAGAGACAGGGCGCGAUAUUCUCUUUGCAGGUACCCUGAAGACAAGCGGUAUGCCGCCGGACAAUAAUGAGACCCGAUCCUCUGCAGAGAUUAUGGAGUAUGAUGGUCAGCACUUAACUUGCUUUGCUGGGGGUAUGUUUGCUAUCGGCGCAAAGAUCUUUGGGAUCAAAGAUGAUGUCGAUAUCGCUCGAAAACUGACAGACGGCUGUAUUUGGGCCUACGAGUCUACAACCACAGGGAUAAUGCCUGAAGGGUUUCAUCUUAUUCCGUGUGCAAGUCGCAGGGACUGCAAAUGGAAUGGGACCAAGUGGUGGGAAGAACUCGACCCGUAUCGCAGUAUACGGGAAGAACAGGCCAAAACAUGGUAUCAGCAUCAGAAACUUCUCAACCAAGCGGCAUCUGCAGAUGAAGAAGAACAGGCAGAACUGCCCCUUCAUCACAACUUGCCAGUGCUCCCUACAGAGAGUGCUAAGCUAGAUCUUGAACACAGCCUUCUCGAAGAAGAUGCCAACAUCACUAUCAACAGAUCAGUAGAUACCUUACGGAAGCGUCAAUCUCCGGAGCGGAAUAUGGAUGCAGGUGCAGGUGAUGAAUCUGGAUUGACGCCAACACCAACUGAUUCCGAUUCUGGGGAAAGUGAAGAGGACGACGAAGUACCUGCAAUGUCACAGUUUUCAUACCCAGCCUACACACCCAAACCUAUUCCUACUCAUGAGGAGUUCGUUCAAGCUCGAAUCAAGGAAGAAAGAAUUCCACCAGGAUUUGCCGACAUCACUAACCGGAAGUAUAUUCUUCGUCCUGAGGCAAUCGAGUCUGUUUUCAUCAUGUAUCGCGUAACUGGAGACGAAUACUGGCGCGAACAAGGUUGGAAGAUGUUUACCGCGAUACAAACCUACACCUUUACCGAGCACGCCAAUUCAGCCAUCAACGAUGUUACAAGCGAGGUACCUUUCUUCUCGGAUAGUAUGGAAUCCUUCUGGCUCGCAGAGACUCUCAAGUACUUCUACCUCUUAUACAGUGAUCCAGACCUUAUAAACUUGGACGAUUAUGUAUUUAAUACUGAGGCACAUCCCUUUAAGCGACCGAAAUGA